AGUGGAGUUAAAAGUUUGAAACUUUGAAUAAUACUAUUGAAAUAUUUAUACAUAACCUAAGUUAAUGUUAUAUUAUACUUAAAUCAGUUACAAUAUCUGAGUUUUAGUAAGCCAUAGAGUCAAAUUAAGGAAAAGUAGAUUAUAGAAAAAAAUACAGGUUUUUUGUACAUGGGCUACUUUAUACUCCACAUCACAGCUACAAGUUUACCAUUUGAUUCUAUUAGACAUAUUUAUUGCGUUAAAGGAGAGUGUAUGUAAACACCUGAAUUUAUUACAGAAACUAAAACAUUGCAAGAUAGUAGAAAUAUUAUGUUUAAACUAGUUUGACUUAUAUUAUAUACUGUGGAUAAUAUAUUAUCUAUUUAUGAUUAUAUCAAUAUAAGGAAAAUGUCUGGAGGACAAGUAGUUAUGCUAGGUAAUCAGGAUGUAAACUACAGUUUAAUUUCUGCGGUUCGUGAAGGAAGACUAGAAAGAGCAAGGGAGUUAAUCAAUUCUUUUGGGCUGUCUUACUCACAAGCAUGGUCAGAAGGAUAUGUUUUACUUUGUGAUGCUGUUAAGAAUAAACAUGCAGCAGUUGCUAAACUACUUUUAACAAGCGGUUCUAAAGUUAACAUCAAAAAUAGAAACCCUUCUGAUACUCCUCUUCAUUUCGCUGUUAUAAAUGGUGAUAUAGAAAUUGUUGAGAUGAUUCUAGACAAAGGUGCUAAUAUUGAUGCUGAAAAUGAAUUUGUUGAAAUGGGAUGUUUACAAACUGUUCAGCAUCUUUUAAAAUAUGGAGCUUAUGUUAAUUGUGUGUGUACUUCAGCAUGGAAACAAGGUUAUACACCACUGCACUUUGCUGUUGAAAAAGGUAGUAAAGAAGUUAUCACGUUGCUUCUAAACCAUGGUGCUUGUAUUCAUUCUUUAACAUUGAAGGAAGGAUAUACGCCACUACAUUUUGCUUCUGAACAAGGUAACGAAGAAGCUGUGAAAUUAUUCUUGAAUAGAGGUGCUGAUAUUAAUGCUAGCACAAAGGGUAAUUUAACGCCACUUCAUAUUGCUACCAAAACAGGACGUAAAACAGUUGUAAAACUGCUCUUACAACAUGGAGCUAAAGUUGAUAAUCAGGAUAAGGAUGGCAAAACCAUACUACACCUCGCUGUUGAAACAGGAUAUUUAACGAUUGUUGAGGAUGUUUUAAAGUAUUGUCCUGAUAUUAAUAAUCAAAGUAACAGAAGCUCUCUUAAAAUUGCAGUGCACGGCUAUGGAGAAAAAUACAAAAAGAUUGUUGAAGCUCUUCUAGAAUAUGGUUUUAUUGCUAACCCUGAAGAUGCAAUUGAUCCUAAGUUAUUGCAUGCUGCUAUUGAAAAAGGAUAUUUGAAAAUUGUUGGAGACCUAUUAAAGUAUGGUGCUAAUGUUAAUACGUUACACAAUUCAACAUUUAAAGAAGGUUUUACACCUUUACAUAGUGCAGCCAAGAAUAAACAGGAAGAAGUAGCUAAAUUAUUAAUAAGCUAUGAAGCUGAUAUAAAUGCUCAAGAUAAAACCGGAAAAACUCCAAUAUUUUAUGCUAUUGAGAAUGCCGAUUUAAAAAUUACCAAGCUACUUUUAACUAGUAGAGCUAAUGUAAAAGAUAGUUCUGAGCUAUUGAAUAUAGCUGUUAAGAAGGAAUGCAUAGAAAUCGUUGAAGCUCUUUUGCAA